UGCGUAAUCUUGACCAAGAUCUUCGCAUCUUCAUUCCUGCACAUAUUCACUCCUCCAAUUUCACCACAGCAGAUCAAUAGAUUUCCCAAAAAAACAUGGGUUUAACCAGAAUCACUCAGACCUUCAAGACCCAGGUGACUCCAGCCAGGAUGUUCAAUGCCCUGAUUCUUGACUCCCACAAUCUCUGCCCCAAGCUCAUGUUUUCUUCCAUCAAAAGCAUUGAGUUUAUCCAUGGUGAUGGAGAAGUCGGCAGCAUCAAACAGAUCAACUUCACUGAAGCCAGUCCUUUCAAAUAUGUGAAGCAUAGGAUCGAUGAGCUUGACAAGGAGAAAUUCUUCUGCAAAUACACUUUGAUUGAGGGAGAUGCGUUGACGGACAAGCUUGAGUCUAUUACCUAUGAAGUCAGCUUUGAAGGGUAUGGUUAUGGAGGCUGUAUCUGUAAGACGACUAGUGAAUACAAAGCAAAAGAAGGAAUUGAGAUUAGAGAAGAAGACGUUGAGCUUGGGAAGGACAGAGCUAUUGGCAUGUAUGAAGUUAUAGAAGCCUAUCUCAUGGCUCACCCUCAUGCCUACACUUGAAGUUAUAUAUUCAAUUCUGUUCCUGUGUGAUGAAUGUAAUAGAUUUCAGUAUUGAAGUUUGUUUAUUUUUUCCACUUGUAAUCUUGUUCUUGUUCUUGUUCUUAGACAAUCAUGUGAAAUAGAACAUCCCCCCACCACCCUUUAAUGUAUAUUUGGAGCCUAUUGUACUGAAUCAGCAAUCAUCUUAUCUAUAAACCCUGCAAAUCUUG